CUCUUUAUAUACGUAAACCAGAAAAACGAACCUUAGUUCAAAUCAAGUGCUUGUCCAGCUAACACUGUGGUUUUGGUUACUCACAGAUACAGAUAGAUUCAUUAGUUAUGUCGCAUACCACCACAAAGCAAAAGGGAAGAGGUGGAGGACAAGGAAAUGCGAAUUUGAUCAGAAGACCCCAGCCUAAUGUCUCUCAGCAAAAUAAUUCUAGGCGUGGUGAUGACUGGGUUUUUGUAAAUGACCCAGGAAACAGACAGCCCAACAGGGGUCGUGGUAUGUCGGAUAGACAUCCCAACAGGGGUCGUGGUAUGUCGGAUAGACAUCCCAACAGGGGUCGGGGUGCAUUUGAUAGGAAUGCUAACAGAGGCCGUGGAAACCCCAUUGACUCAAGAAAUAAUAAUUUCCAUAGAGGACAUACUAAAAGGUCGCAUUCAUCAAGCAGUACAUCAUCUGUGCAUGGAAAUGGGAACAACCAGCCCAGGCAGGGUGCAGCUGAUUUAUUUCUACAACCAAUACACGUCAAUAACCCUAUAUUCACUGACUUGAAGGAACGGUUUGACUCGUUGAUGCCAGUGUCUAAAUUGAUCACUUCUGCUGCGACUUCUUUGAUGCAAAAUAUACUUUCACCUGAAGCUCCAAAUGUCCGGCAGCCUGAGCCACCUCCUGUCCGUAAUAAUUUGAGUGACGACAGUCAAACAUUUGCCUCGAUCAGCAACAACAUUGGCUACGGCUUCAGGGAUAGGAAUAAUAGAAGGUCUAUGGAUCACGGGGACAUAAGUGAUGUAAAUGGAUCUGGCAGAAACACAUAUUCUGCUACCAGACAGUCACGUGGAGACAGAUCUAAUCGAGAAUCAGGUAGAAGGCAACUAUCACGCUCUCCAGAGAACGAUGAUCAAAGGUCAUUUUCUAAUACAAGAUCUCCUGACGCAGCCAACGAUUACAGAAGAUUCCGACCAGGUUCUCAACACUUCAACAUCAACCGGACAGUCGCUGAUCCCAACCAGAGAACACUGUCCAGGGCAGAAGCUCUGCAAAGAAAUCAGUUUGAGUAUGACAUAAAACGAGCUGAGUGUGAAGCCAAAGAGAGGGAGAAAUUAGCAAAGAAGAAAGAGGAGUACCUUGCCAGAUACAAGCACCUGGACCUAGGUCAUCGCCUCGGUGAGCAGUACCAACACGACCCUGCAGGCCAUGCCCCGUCCGUUGAAGAGAUCCGGCAAAGACAACAAGAGCAGUUACGUCUGGAUGCUUUACUCAAUCUGCAUCGAGACGAUGAGCGUCAAGAACAGGAGAAUAAGAAAAAAGAAGAGCAAAGGCAGAAAUGGUUGAAGAAACAUGAACAUAUAGAUGCAGGACACAGACUGGGUCAUGGAAAUACUCAAGAUGCGGACUGCUUGCUGGAUGGAGAAUCGAUGGAGGAACAACUGAUGCUGGAGAGCUUGAUCUUCAAUGAACAAGCCCAGAACAGUUCCAAGAAUAAGAAAAAGGAAGUUAAAAAAGCUGAGGAAAAUGUGAACACAAAAGAGAGAGAUAACGUUGGGUUCUCCAACAACAAUAAUUUCAAUUUCGAUGCAGGAUACUUGGAUGAAGCAUCAGGAUUUGAUGAUGGAUUCUCGCUGGAAGGAGACGUAGACGAGAUGCUGAUCAAACAACAGGAACAGCUCCUGGAGGAAGCGAGGAGAUUCAAGGAGCUGCAGAGAGGUGGGAGCAACAGGGGUGGAGAAGACAAAGCAAAGGAAGCAGAGAAGCUGGAUCGAGGACAGCCUGCUGCUGAAAAUGCAUCGAAGAAUGCCAGUCCUACUGGCUCCAAGGUCGUAGUACCUAAUGAAGAUGUUGGAAUUGCACCUGGAAAGCAAGGAACACCUCAGCAAAACAUUGAUGAUGAGGAAAUGGACAUUGAAAAAGAGAAACAGCGUUUGUUGGCACAGUUGGCAAUGCUUAUGUCCAAGCCUGCCAAAACCACUGUACCGCAGGAAGCCAAGCCUGCCAAAACCACUGCACCGCAGGAAGCCAAGCCUGCCAAAACCACUGUACCGCAGGAAGCCAAGCCUACCACAACCACUGCACCGCAGGAGACCGGGUCUGCCAAAACUACUGCACCGCAGGAAGUCAUGUCUUCCCAAACCCCUGUACCACAGCAACCAAAACCUGUACAAAGUUCAAAACCACCAGAAGUAUUAGCACCCAUCAAACCUGCAAGCUGUGUAUUGAAAAGUCCUACUUCUGGUCCAGUGUUGGUGCUGCGCCCAAGUGAGGAAGACUUGAAUGAGACUCUCGUGCGACGGCUCGAGGUGCAAGAUGAGAUGGACAGGCGCGGAACUUCGGCUAUCUAUAAACCUAAAGUCGAAAAUGUUCCACCUGACAUACAGUUAUAUUUAAUCAAUAGUUUGGACUUUAAAUGA